AUGAAGACCAAUUUCAAGUUUUCCAACCUCCUCGGCACCGUUUACUGCCAGGGAAACCUUCUCUUCGACCCAGAAGGAACCCACCUCUUUUCACCCGUCGGCAACAGAGUCACAGUCUUCAAUCUCGUCGACAACAAAUCCUACACAUUCCCGUUUGCGCACCGAAAGAAUAUCGCGAGGAUAGGCCUGAGCCCCCAGGGAAACCUCCUCCUCUCCAUCGACGAAGAUGGCCACGCAAUCCUGACGAAUGUGCCCCGGCGCAUCCCCAUCUACAACUUCUCCUUCAAGUCGGCCAUCACGGCGCUGUCCUUCUCGCCAUGCGGCCGCUACUUUGUCGUCGGGCUCCAGCGCAAGAUCGAGGUCUGGCACGUGCCGUCGACUCCGGACGCCAACUCGGACGGGGAGCUCGAGUUCGCCCCGUUUGUAAAACACCACACCCACACCCAGCACUUUGACGAGGUCCGGCACAUAGAAUGGUCCAGCGACUCGCGCUUCUUCCUGAGCUCGUCCAAGGACUUGACCGCGAGGAUAUGGAGCGUCGAAGCCGAAGAGGGCUUCACGCCCACGGUCCUCGGCGGGCACAAGCAAGGGCUCAUUGGCACCUGGUUCUCGGAGGACCAAGAGACCAUUUACACCGUGAGCAAGGACGGCGCCAUCUUCACCUGGCAGUACACCGGCCGCCCCAAGAACGAGGACGAGAUGGACGACGGCGACGACGACAACGAGGAAUUCGAUGCCCGGUGGAGGAUAGUAAACCGGCACUACUUUAUGCAGGGCAGCGCGCACGUACGGUGCGCGACGUUCCACCCCGCUACAAACUUGCUGGUGGCGGGCUUCUCCAACGGCAUCUUUGGGCUCUACGAGAUGCCCGACUUCAACAUGAUUCACACCCUCAGCAUCUCCCAGAACAACAUCGACUUCGUCACAAUCAACAAGACGGGCGAGUGGCUCGCGUUUGGCGCCUCGAGGCUCGGCCAGCUUCUCGUGUGGGAGUGGCAGUCCGAGUCGUAUAUCCUAAAGCAGCAGGGCCACUUUGACUCGAUGAACUCGCUCGUCUACUCGCCCGACGGCCAGCGCAUCGUGACCGCGGCGGACGACGGCAAGAUCAAGGUGUGGGACAUUGACUCGGGGUUCUGCAUCGUCACCUUUACCGAGCACUCGAGCGGCGUGACGGCCUGCGAGUUCGCCAAGAAGGGCAACGUCCUCUUCACCGCCAGCCUAGACGGGUCCAUCCGCGCGUGGGAUCUCAUCCGGUACAGGAACUUUAGGACCUUUACCGCCCCCACGCGCCUGUCCUUUUCCUGCAUGGCCGUGGACCCGAGCGGCGAAGUCGUGGCCGCGGGCUCCCUCGACUCCUUCGACAUCCACAUCUGGAGCGUGCAGACGGGCCAGCUCCUCGACCGCCUCUCGGGCCACGAAGGCCCCGUGUCCUCGCUCGCCUUUGCGCCGGACGGCGACGCCCUGGUGAGCGGCAGCUGGGACCGCACGGCGCGCAUCUGGUCCGUGUUCAACCGGACGCAGACGAGCGAACCGCUGCAGCUCCAGGCGGACGUGCUGGACGUGGCGAUCCGGCCCGACUCGCAGCAGCUCGCCGUGUCGACGCUCGACGGCCAGCUCACGUUUUGGGACAUCAAGGACGCGGAGCAGCAGGCCGGGCUGGACGGGCGGAGAGACAUGUCGGGCGGGCGCAAGUCGACGGACCGGCGCACGGCGGCCAACGCGGCGGGCUCCAAGAGCUUCCAGACGAUCCGCGUCAACCUCUCGCUGUCGGGCACGCAAGAGUUCCUCAACAGCAAGGCCCUCACCGAGGCCGGCGCCGCGGACCUGAUUGACGACGAGGACGUCUCGGACCGGGAAGCCCGCAUGGAGGCCGCGCUGCCGGGCUCGAAGCGGGGCGACCCUUCGGCGCGGCAGCGGCGGCCGGACGGCCUGCUCAUCUACAGCCUGGACAACCACCUGCAGUUCGACCCGUUCGACCUCAACAUGGAAAUCACGCCGGCGUCGACGCUGGCGGUGCUCCACACCGAGCGCGACUACCUCAAGGCCCUCGUCAUGGCGUUUCGCCUCAACGAGGCCAGCCUCGUUAAGCAGGUCUUCCUCUCGGUGCCCCACACCGACAUCGCCCUCGUGGUGCGCAACGUGCCCGCCGUCUACGUCGCGCGCUUGCUCCGCUUCGUGGCCGCCCAGACCGAGUCCUCGCCGCACGUCGAGUUUUGCCUCCUCUGGAUCAAGGCGCUCGUCGACAAGCACGGCGCCUGGCUCGCGGCCAACCGCGCCAAGGUCGACGUGGAGCUGCGCGUCGUGGCUCGCGCCGUCGCUCGCAUGCGGGACGAGAUUCGGCGGCUCGCUACCGACAACGUGUACAUGGUCGAUUACCUCGUCGGUCAGGGCGUCAAGGACCGCGGGUCCGAGGCCAAGGCCCUCGACUGGUUCUCGAGCGACGACGGCCCGGGGACAAAAGGGGCCGUGUCUAUGGGAGGUGCGGGUGGCGAGGAAAGCGAGGAUGGGUCGGAUGUGGAGGAGUGGUUGGGACUAGAGUAA